GUUAGAAGUUCGAGUUCUUAUCUUUGUUCACGGUUUUACUACUUCCUCGUGCUUGCGCGGUCUCUACUUGUUGCACACGUCGUGUUUAACCAAUCUUCUUCUUUUCCACUAAUUACGAAAUAAAUUGAAUUUCUUUUAACGAGAAAUAAUACAGAAUAAAUAGAAAAAAUGGCGAGUUAUCAUAAACCGGAAUCUAAAACUAUUCAAGAAUUAAAAGACAUCGCUAAUAAAUUGAGGAUUCAUUCGAUCGAGGCCACACAAGCUAGCAAGUCUGGACAUCCAACAUCAUGUUCUUCGAUGGCAGAAAUUAUGUCUGUUCUAUUCUUCCAUACGAUGCGUUACAAAGUAUCUGCACCACGUGACCCAAGUAGUGACAGAUUUAUACUUAGCAAAGGCCAUGCUGCGCCCAUUCUUUAUGCAGCUUGGGCAGAGGCUGGUCUAUUCCCUGCUAGCGAGUUAUUGAACUUGCGUAAGUUUGACAGUGAUUUGGAAGGUCAUCCUACUCCAAGGCUCAAUUUCAUAGAUGUAGGAACAGGUUCUUUAGGUCAAGGUCUUUCCGUUGCAGCAGGCAUGGCUUAUGUGGGAAAGAAUUUUGAUAAGGCUAGCUACCGAGUGUACUGUUUAAUCGGCGAUGGAGAAGCAGCAGAGGGUUCUAUCUGGGAAGCAUUGCAUUUUUCUUCUUAUUAUAAAUUAGAUAACUUGUGCGCUAUAUUUGAUAUUAAUCGUUUGGGACAAAGUGAACCUACUUCUCUUCAACAUAACAUGGAAGUUUAUCGUAAAAGACUUGAAGCUUUUGGUUUCAAUGCUUUGGUCGUUGACGGUCAUGAUGUUGAAGAACUUGCUAAGGCAUUCCAUGAAGCACAAAAUACAAAGGGACGUCCGACUGCCAUUUUGGCUAAAACAUUUAAGGGUAAACAUUUUCCUAAUAUUGAAGAUUUAGAGAAUUGGCAUGGAAAGCCACUUGGUACUAAAGCUAAUGAAAUAACCCAGCAUUUGACUGGACUUUUAAAAAAUUCUGGUCCUUUGGGAUUACACCCUCAAAAACCAUUAGUGGACGAUGCUCCCGUAAUAGACAUUAGUAAUGUUAAAUUGGCCUCACCUCCAAGUUAUAAACUCGGAGAACAAGUAGCUACUAGAUUAGCUUAUGGUACUGCUCUUGCCAAGCUAGCGAAGAAUAAUCCACGUGUAAUAGCUUUAGAUGGCGACACCAAGAAUUCUACUUUUGCUGAGAAAAUAAAGACUGUAGAUCCAAAUAGGUUCAUCGAAGGUUUCAUAGCCGAACAAAACGUUGUUGGUGUUGCCAUCGGUGCUGCUUGCAGAGAUCGAACUGUUGCUUUUGUUUCUGCAUUUGCUACAUUCUUUACACGUGCCUUUGAUCAGAUUCGCAUGGGAGCUAUUUCUCAGACGAAUGUAAACUUUGUUGGUUCGCAUUGUGGUGUAUCCAUUGGUGAGGAUGGACCAUCACAAAUGGGUUUGGAGGAUAUUGCAAUGUUCCGUACGGUACCUGGAUCAACAGUAUUUUAUCCGUGCGAUGCUGUAUCUACUGAACGUGCCGUUGAAUUGGCUGCUAAUACGAAAGGCAUUUGUUUCAUUCGUACCUCGCGUCCAGCUACAGCUGUUGUCUAUAAAAACGAAGAAACAUUUGCCCCUGGUAAAGCUAAAGUAUUGAGAUCUACUGCAAAAGAUCAAGUUCUUGUUAUCGGUGCUGGAGUAACUAUCCAUGAAGCACUAAAAGCAGCAGACGAGUUAACUGGUAUAAAUGUUCGCGUGAUUGAUCCGUUCACUAUUAAACCUCUUGAUGCACAAACAAUUAUUAAGAAUGCUAAAGAGACUGGUGGUAGAAUCGUAACCGUUGAAGAUCAUUAUGCUGAAGGUGGUUUAGGAGAAGCGGUAACUUCUGCCGUUUCUUUGGAACGUAAUAUUAUUGUUAAAAAACUCGCUGUACCUGAAGUACCACGAUCUGGUCCUCCGAAUGUCUUAAUUGACAACUAUGGUAUUAGUGCUCGUAAGAUCAUUUCUGCGAUACAAGAUAUUUUGAAGUUGUAGUUUUAUAUAUAUAUAUAUAUAUAUAUAUA